AUGGAAGAUUCAAAGCAUGUUACGAUGAGUUCAAAACCAACAGGAACUGCCAAUUGGAAAAUAAAAUUACAUGAAAUCCUACGAUAUCCAAUGACACGGACGGGACCAGCGAUAGUUGCAUCAACUCUUCUGUAUGUAGUUGCCUACAAUGUUGGAGUCAGGUGGUGGAAAGGUGAUCAGCAUCCAGUGAAUCGAUUCAUGUGGAGGAUACAAGAGCAAGAAGGAAAACUAGAUCCUGUUCUACAAGCCAAAAAACAAGCAGUUCUCGCAUAUCAAGAAGAUAGAUUUUAUCAUCCUCGAGACACCGUACCGGACCUUGGUGUUUGA